CCCAACCACAAAACAGACUAAAAAUAACCAGUUUCUGAGGUGACAUACUGUACCUAUAAAAAUGAGAACUAGAGAAGGAAGCCUGUGAAUCCAGGAGAGGAACAGCUUUAACAUUCACUGCAUUACACAUAAAUACUUCUCAUUUCACCAGGUUACACAUUUUAACUUUUGAUGCAACCUUCACAGAGGCUUUUUGACAAGCAACAAGAAACAACGAAUGCAGGAAAUGAGAAAGACCGUAGAAAUAUGAUGACUUUAGACGUUAUGCACGUCUCCUUGAGAGAGAAGCUGUGUCUAUAGUAUAAAUGUAAACUUGCGUGGAAAUGAUGAAGACAGAGACAGGAGAAACAUUGCAACUUUUCGUCCCACCGACAGUCAGUUUGAUGAAGUUCAUUGUAUUUUUCCUUUGGCUCAUAACAGGUCCUGCAGGAUCAGCAAGCAGAGAGUUAACGGUUCAGACCGGAGGAUCUGUCGUUAUUCCGUGUUAUUAUGACAGGAAAUACACCGAACACAGGAAAUACUGGUGCUUUCAUGCAAAUUCGGUAUAUGUUUACUGUACUAUUCUGGCAUAUGCUAAUGAAACCAAAGGAAGAGUGUCAGUAAUGGAUCAUCCAGAUCAGAGUUUCUUUACUGUGACCAUGAGAAACCUGCAGCGUGAAGACACUGGAUCUUACUGGUGUGCUGAGGAGAUUGGAGGAAAACUUCAAAGAGAUGAAACAGAGAAGCUUCACCUCAAAGUUCAAUCAGCUCCUGAUGUGUCUGUGAUGAACAGCAGUGUAUCUGGACGUGAAGGUGAUAAUGUCAGUGUCCAGUGUUUCUACACUUCUGGAUAUCAGGAUAAACCCAAACAGUGGUGCAGAUAUAAAGAUCAGAGCUGUUACACAGUGGGGAGGACUGACACAUCCCAGAAUUCAUCAGUCCAGAUCAGUGAUGAUGGGAGAAGCUCCUUCACUGUGUUGAUGACUGGACUGAGACUCAAUGAUUCUGGAUGGUACUUCUGCUCUGCUGGAAAUCUGCAGGUUUCUGUUCAUCUCACUGUCACUGCAGUUGUGACCACAGACGAAUUUGACAAAAAUGGCAACAGCAAUACAACAUCAAUCAGCAAAGAGCAGCAGAAUAAGCAUUAUGGGUAUCUGGAGGUGUGGAUUCCUGCGGUUGUGUUGUUUCUGCUGUUGGUGACCGUCGUAGGCCUAUCAGCUGUAAAACUGAGAAAGAAGAACAACAUAAAUAACACCCAGACUACAGAGGUGAACCGAGAUGGAGACAGUGACGCAGGAAACGGCGUCUGUUCAUCACCAGCGGUUGCAGAGAAUGAUGUGACUUACAGCUCCGUGACAAUACGACCUAAAACUAAAGCAUUUAGCCUAGUAUCAGCGGAGGACGAGGUGACCUACAGCUCUGUGCACAAACAGUGAGAAGUGACAGGUGCAUGUUCCUCAGAAAAUAUGAACACAACAACUUGCAUCAUUACGAUGCAAAGCGAGCAAAGUCUCAAUUCAGGAUAAAAUUAUAUGAAUUUAAUUAUAUCAUCCUUUAUAAUGUACAGCCCCUUGUGGUGGCACAAUGUAAAUACACGUUAAUGCAACUUGUCUAUGAAAAUUCAGUUAAAGCAUUUCACCGUAUAAGCGUUAUUUAGGAAUAGAUGUGUAAAUUGUUGAAUGUAAAAAGCAUAAAGCAUUCAUAAUAUAUUUGCAAAGUUGUAAUGUGCUUGCUUUAAGUGUGAUAAUAAAAUAAACAAAACUGUGGCAUAUUAUAUCUGCUA